AUUGCUUUCCCCACUCAUUUUUUUUUCUUCUUUUACUGAAAGAAAAAAAUCUAACUGAAAAACAAAACCAUCAUUUUGGUUGCUGUUGGAGACUUGGAGGUCAGAGGUCUCAAUUGCCACUUGGUUCCAACUCACCGGAGCGCUGUGGGCCAUAGAAACUCAGAACAGCUCUGCCUAAUUGACGGUUGACAGUUGACACCUCUGACAAAUUAAUAAAAGCAAAUAAGUAAAAUAAUAAUGCACAAGUCGAGUCAACAAAUUCAUAUUUUAAGGAGAAGUCAAGUCAAUAAAUUCACAUGAAAUAUCAGCAACUUCACGCUCUAACGAUUAAGUAAGGAAUUUAAGAUUUAAAUAUGAUAUGGUACAUUUUAGAAUAUUUUUUUUUAUGAAAAGGUAUCUAAGUUUGCUGGUAUUUCUGAUGGAUUUCCAUUAAUGUUUUACAAAAUUAUAGGAAAUGCAAAAAGGAUAAAACCGAAGGGUGAAACUGAAGUUUCCACGACAAAAAGAAAGAAUAAGAAGCUGGGUUUGCGUUCUUCGCCCCUUGCUCACGAGCCAUCAGCCAUGGCCAUGCUCUCCAAGCUCUUCCUCGCUCUACUCCUUGUCGCAAACCUCACAGCCUUCGCCGACGACAUCCCAUUCACCUUCAAUGGAUUCAAAAGGGAUUCCUUGACUCUAAGCGAGCACGCCGAAAUCGGCGGCGGCGGCCUCCUGCAGCUGACCAACAACACGAAGCAAAUCACUGGUCACGCUUUCUACCCCUCCAAGCUUCGAUUCAAGAAUGAAUCUUUAUCCGUCAACGCCUUUUCUUUCUCGACUACCUUCGUCUUCGCCAUUACGCCGCUGAUCACCAACGUGAGCGGCCAUGGCCUCUCCUUUCUCCUCGCCCCCUCCACGGCCUUCAGUACCGCCAUCUCCAGCCAGCACCUGGGCCUCUUCCCCGACGACGGCGGCCCUCAAUACCACAUCGUCGCCGUCGAGCUCGACACCGUCCAGAACGCAGAGUUCGACGACAUCAACGACAAUCACGUCGGCGUCGAUGUCAAUAGCCUGAAAUCCAUCGAAUCGAAACCAGUGGGAUUCACUAAAGAUGGCAGCUUUCAGAGCCUGCAACUCAUCAGCGGCCAUCCGAUGCAGGUUUGGGUCGAUUACGACGGCGAGCGCUCGCAAAUCGACAUCGCGAUAGCCCCGCUGCACGAAGCAAAGCCAAGGGACUCGCUCGUGUCCACAAAGCUCAAUCUCUCGUCGAUAAUACUGGACGAGAUGUAUGUGGGUUUCUCCUCCUCCACCGGCGCCGCCUCCGGAUGCCAUUACAUUCUAGGGUGGAGCUUUGCCCUAAAUCGAGGUGCUCCGCCGCUCGAUCUCUCAAACCUCCCCCAUCUUCCUCAUCUAGGGCACAAAAGCAGAAAAGCGCUGGCGACUCCAUUGUCCUUAGCCGGAGCGAUCCUCUUGCUGCUCGUCGGCGGCGCCAUAUUCCUCGUCCUCGAAAGAAGGAAGAAAUUCGCGGAGGUGCUCGAGGACUGGGAGCUCGAGUACGGUCCUCAUCGCUUUUCCUACAGAGAUCUAUACAGCGCCACCAAGGGCUUCAGCGAGGAGAACCUCCUCGGCGUCGGCGGCUUCGGCCGCGUCUACAAGGGUGUGCUUCCAAAAUCCAACCUUGAAAUCGCAGUCAAAAAGAUCUCCCACGAAUCGAAACAGGGGAUUCGGGAAUUCGUGGCGGAGAUCGCGAGCAUGGGGCGGCUGAGGCACCGCCACCUGGUGCCUCUGCUCGGCUACUGCCGGCGACAAUUCGAGCUCCUCUUGGUGUACGACUACAUGCCCAACGGCAGCCUCGACAAGUUCCUCUUCGACAGCAGCCGGCCUCCAUUGAACUGGUCUCAGCGGUUUCACAUCAUCAGGGGCGUCGCGUCAGGGCUCCUCUACCUCCAUGAAGAAUGGGAGCAGGUGGUGAUCCACAGAGACAUCAAGGCCGGCAACGUGCUGCUUGACCGGGAGUUCAAUCCAAAGCUGGGAGACUUCGGAUUGGCACGGCUAUAUGACCAUGGAAGCCAUCCCCAGACCACCCACAUCAUGGGCACGCUCGGCUACCUCGCUCCUGAGUUCAGCAAGACAGGGAAGGCCACCACGCACACUGAUGCGUAUGCCUUCGGAGCUUUUCUACUCGAAGUCGCUUGCGGAAAGCGGCCGAUAGAGCUUCAUGCUCCGGCGGACAUGCCCGUCCUGGUGGACCGCGUGCUCUGGUGCUGGAAGACGAAUUCGAUUCUGGAGGCCUGCGAUCCCUUGCUGGGCGAUGAAUUCUCCGUCAAGGAGGUGGAGUUGGUGCUCAAGCUGGGGCUCUCCUGCUCACACCCCGACCCUCUGUCCAGGCCAAGCAUGAGGCAGGUGGUGCAGUUACUGGAGGGAGAAGCUUCAUUGCCUACCAUGUCUCCUGAUGGCUUCAUGAACAAUCUCGCUGCAAAAGCAUCUGAUUUGUCAUUCGAUGAUUUCGUCUCAUCGUGUCCUUCUGCUUCAGCUCCGACAAUUGUGAGCUUCUCGUCGCCUUUGUUUUCUGCGGCCAGAUGAUAAUUGAUUGCUGAUUUUUGUUGAAUCGACAAAAAUUAGAAGGUCGUGAUAAUUUAGUUGACAUAAAUUAGAAGGUCGCUUAUGUAAAUAAAGAAAUUUGAUAAUCAUUUUUAAUAUUCAUAAAUAAAUCA